CACACACAACAGGGACGUGGAGGCGAGUGUGUUGUCUAACAGCGCUGCGUUCAUGCAUGUGUGUCAUAAACGCUGUCAUAAUCUCUCUCUCUCUCUCUCUCUCUCUCUUUCUUCGAAUGGAUCAAAACAUCUUUUACUAUAUCUAACACGGUAUACAAUUUGAAAUUCGAGUGUGCAUAACAAUAACAACACAAAUAUUAACUGCCUCACUACGUAUUCUGACCUCCAUAUACGUUGUGCUAGUGUUGUCACAGGCAAAUGUGUGGUGUUUCAGCAAUGAUGGGUCGUGGGGACAAGUGGUGGGGGGCAGCGGUCACAGUCGCCGUGUGUUGUGCGCUGUUUGGCAUGUGUGACGGAGACUAUGAACCCAAAAGUAUUUUGUGUGACGACGUGGAUGCUAUUUGCGCCAAAAAUGACUUUGAUGUUACUAACGUCACAGAAUGUGGAAGCAACGAACGGAAGUUCCUGAAUCCCGCGAUUUGUAAUUGUGGUCUCAAGUGCAUCGAGAAUCUCAAGGAAGGAGAUUCCUGCCUGACGUCAUCUCUUGUGGACUACCCGACCAAAAUGUGCGGGCCGGGACUGGAGUGCAAGGAGGAUCCCUCCAACCCAAGGUCUUCAAGAUGCAUUAGGAAUACAGACAAGAAGUGCAUCAAUGAGUUAAUGAAGUACGAGGAGGAGCAGGAAGUUGGCACCCUGGGACCAGGCCGCAACAAACCCAACUGUGACGAGUACGGCUCCUAUGCCCCGACCCAGUGCAGCCCCAGCAGCACAUGUUACUGUGUCACGCCUGAGGGGGAGCGGGUGUUUGGAGAGACAUUAUUCUCCCAGGAGAAAGUUAUCAACUGCAAAUGUUCCCUUUACUGGGAAGACACUGAGAAGAAAGGACUCAACCUUGGAAUGAGGUGUCUGCCAAAUGGAAACUUUGACUCCCUGCAGUGCAUUGGCACCUACUGCUUCUGCUACAAUGACACCAAUGAUACUGUUACCUAUGGUCCUGUGCCUAAAUACAUGAUCAAAUUCAUGCCUUGUUAUGACAAGGAGAUUCACUUUGAGUCGUACAGCAAUCCAUGUCACAGCGCUCAGGAGGCGUGGAACAACCAGGGCAUUGAUGCUGAUAUCAUUGUGGCAGAGGUACCACAACCAGUGUGUUCUCGUGAUGGAUACUAUGCUGCAGUCCAGUACUUGGCUGGUAAAGCUUAUUGUGCUGACAGGAAUGGAAACCGCAUUGAAAAUUAUGAACUCCCCAUCCAUGAGGCCGAAAACAUGAAUUGCCACUGCCCAAGAAGAAGAAAAAUUAUGGAAGAAAAUGGUUAUGGGGCAAGCAAACCAAAGUGCUGCAGCGACGGUCAAUACUACCCAUGGCAGACUCGAGGCCCUCACUCCUACUGUGUGGAUGACAAUGGCAACCAAUAUGGAGAAACUGUUACCAUCACAAACAUACAAGAUCUUCCAUGUUAUACAAACACUCCUUGUUCAGCAAAGUAAUGGACCAAAGACAAUGACAGUAAUCUCAUAAACUGAUGCAUUUUGUUUUUCUGUUACUUUUCUUUAUCACAUAAUAAUCAUUUUUAGUUUGUGAUUUGUCCAGUAGUUUACAUCUGAUCCAUAACUAUUCCUCGAGCAAAUUAUUAGGUGAACAGCAAUAACUAAUGGAACAUUUAUCUAAAUAUGAUAACUACUGUAUUAAUGAGAGCUACACCUUUCAUUUCAAACAUCUGCUAUGAUAGUGGCCAUGUUACUAUAUGCCACACAAUAUUAUGUACUGUGCUCUGUGCUGAAAAAAAAUGUACUGAUUCUUAACUGGUGAACAUACUGCCUCCUUUUUGGUAUAUUUGUAGAAGUUUCUACCAGCUACCCAUUCAGCUACAUGACUCAGGUAAAUAGACAUGACAUAAGAUUCAUAAAGUUGACUACUGCAUUCUCAAAGAUGUGACAGGUGCAUGUAAUAGAAGAAAAAAUAAGUGCAUAUAAGUAUUCAAGAGAUCAUAUGUUUGAGAAAGCAAGAGUAGACUCUUGAAAAGGUGAUAAAUGUGUAGCAAAUACUAUUUAUUAUAAGGUUGGUUGUAAAUCUUAAAGAAAGCAUAUGGAUACAUAUAGGUGCAUGAGAAAGACAGAUUGUUAGAAAUACUGCAAAUAAAUGAAAAUGUUGUGACUUGAUAAGAGUAUAAUGGAUGUGAAGAAAAUGGUAAAAACACAGCUAGGGUCUGUUCUGUUAAGCCUUUACGUAGGGCAAGAAAUUGGAGCUACAGAGACUGGUGCAGUUUCUGAAAUGAUAGACAUAAAUUUAUAUAAUUCUAAAAUACUGACAUCCUAUUCUAAUAACAAGAACAUAAAAACACAAGAAAACUGCAAGAAGCCAGCAGACUUACAUGUGGCAGCUUCUAUAUGAAAUGUGCUCAGCUUUAUCCACUUAUCAUCAAUAUCCAUAAAUUAAUUUCUUAAAGAACCAUACAUAGUGAUUCAGCACUAAUAAUCUGACUACUGAGUCUAUUGCAGUCAUGUAUGUACCACUCUAUUUGAGACCCAAUUUCUUCCAAUCUCUUUUAAAUUCAAUGAUCAAGCUUCAAUUAAUUACUUCUAGUUUUAAUCUAAUUUUUAAUUCUGAAGAUUUUAAUUUUUACUAAAAUAUUAUGAAUACCAUUAAUAAACAUUUGUAAUGACAUCCUCUUGGUGUCUAAAUAAUUUGUAAACUGCUUCAUAGUCAUCACAAGUGAACCUCUUCACACCACUUACUGGUGAGCAACAAUCCCAGCCUCUCCUGACCAUAAAUGCAUCACAUAGUACAUGUAUUUCACAUUGCUUACAAUUUCUUAAGUAAACAUUCUUUACAAAAUACAUAUAUGUUCUUACAUUCCAAAAAUUGUAUAAUUAUAUAUUCAAAACAAAAAUAUAUUAUAAAAAAGUAAAGCAAAAUACAAUAGCUAAUGAAUUAAUUACCCCAAAACUGGCAACUCUGAAAGGUGGGAUUGCUUCAGGCAUAUGAUCACAGAUAUGUAUUAGUCACAAGCAACCUUCCUCUUCAGCUGGAUGAGUAACCUCAAUCCUCCAACACCUGGUCAUUAUGGCUCAUGCACCACAUCUGAACUGUCACUGGUAGCCUUUGCAAUGGUGACCACACAGCCACUAACAGCAGUGUGUGAGCCAGGGAACUAAGUCAUGAAUGUCUUCCUACUACAAAAAAGAAAAAGAUAAUAAUGCUGAAAGCAUCUUGUUAGGAAAAAUGUGAUAUAGUAGUAUGUGGAGUUCCCAGUGUGUUUCUUGAUUGUUUAGUGAGCAGAGCUUGGAAGGCUAUCAAACUAUACUAAAUUAAGAAAUUAAUGCAACAACUGUGUACUCGAGAGAAAUUUUGCUAAUAUGAGAUGAUGUACACAUGAUAGCAAAUCUUGGCAGGCUUAGUUAUGCACUGCAUUGACUUUCAAAUGCAUGUCCUGGAGUAAAGCUAAUUGUUCACUCUACUCCUAUCAAUACUAUAAAUAAAAAGGUUCUUGAUUAUAAUCAGCACCAUCAGGUAGAGCCUUUUACUGGUUUAAUGAAGUAUCAUGGUUGAUGCUCAAAUAUGCAUCUAUGAAGAUACACAAUGAUCACAAAGAUUUGACAGAUCUUUAUCACAAAUGGGCACCUCCACAACACUUCUGUAAGCCACAAAUUAAUUUCUCAAACUCAAUUCGCUUGCAGAUUUGCUUUUGUAACAAACUAAUCACAAAUCUGCAGUUUUACUUUUCCAAAGAUAUUUACAUACCUAUGGUGGAGCCACAACCAUGGGGAGCAGCAGCCAUACCUGAAUUCCCUAACAAACUCUAUGAAGCUAUGGCCAACUUUUUCCAAAGAAAUUUAUGGAUGAAGAUGACAUGAUACAUUGUAAGUGCUUGUAUAUGUCAACUGACCUUUUACAAUCUCCUUGCUUUCUUCUGCUCUUGGCUUGGGAUAAAAUUGAUAUUUAAUCCUCAGAGAAGAUCAGCAAGGAUCAGGUCCAGACCAUGAUCCUUGUCUUGUUCUGCACCUCCUGGGUAAGAUCUUUUCCUAAGCACAUAGUCACUCCCAUCUUUGCAGAGACUGUUUACAAAGUGGUCAGUGCAAGGAAGUCUACAAGAGCAAAUCUGACCUCAGAGCAGUUUAAAUGACUGAAUGGUCUUUUUGAUGGGGAAUAAAGAUCUACUCAAAAGUUGAUUCUGAUUGUGCUAUAUGACCAAGGAGCAAAGUCACAAGUCAGGGCAGUGCCAAGUGCAUUCACAGCAUUCAAUGACUUCCAAAUGUGUGAGUGCAAUGUGCUGAACUCUUAUGUGACAAAUGUAACUGUUAUUACAAUCCAACAAACAAGAGAGUCGAUGAAAGAAAUCUGCAAUUAAUUCAAUAAAAUUACUGAGGAAUGACAACAAGGACUUGAUACCUAUAAUAAGUAACAAAUAUGGCAAGUAAAAUUGUGAUGAAUAGAAAAAUAGAAUACAUUACUCACGGAUUUUAUUCCACACGAGCACUUUAAAUUGCAAAUUACAAGAGAUGUAGAUUAGCAUCUAUGAAAGGUGUGGAUCAAAGUUAAGUAAGGUAAUGAUGGCAAUGAAAAAAAGCCUUUAUCCAAGAAGUUGAGGAGAAAAGGCCUGACCCAUAUCUGUAUCUGUAUUUUAUAAAUGGUUUCAAGAGAUAAUCAAGAGGCACAAGGAAACUGACACAAUCAGAAUAUAUACUUUUUUUCAAGGAAUACCAUUAGGAAUGAAAAAAAAAUAAAUAAAUAAAAUAAAUAAAUAAAUUCAUUAAUUAAAAAAGAAAAAAAAUCAU